AUCCCGUUCGUUAGCGAAGCAAUCUCGCGCCCUAUCUGCCGCCCUCCGUCUGCUGCUCUCGCUUUGUCGCCAAUACGCGCGGGCAUUUGGUGCUCCUAGGUAAGUGUUCCGGGCUAUUCUCGCGCUUUCGCCUGCAUUGCGUGUGGCCGGAGUUUAAGAUAGGUUGAAGGGCGAGAAGAAACCAUGUAUGAAUCGAUCUUUGAAGUACUUCCGGCUGACCGAUCAUAUACUCACAGCUCUCGACCAAUAUGACCGCACCGGAGCUGGAGUCCGCGCCUUCCGUUCAUGAUGACACUACGAUUCCGGGGGGAAGGCAAACUAUUGUCCUACAUGACUUUGGUGACGUGACCCUAUUGGUAGGGACGGGCGAAACCCAGCAGCCGGUCCUGACCUCCUCCUCAACCCUACGCCUCGCAAGCCCAGUAUGGAGGGCCAUGUUUGGUCAACGCUGGGCUGAGAGUGAGUCUUCCGAGGUUCCCUUCCCCGACGAUGAUGUGGAAGCUAUGCUAUUGGUCCUUCGAAUCGCCCAUCUUCGGUUUCAAGAGCUUCCCCAGAAGCACGGCAUUUCCUUCAACUCACUUCUCAAUCUUGCCUUUGUGUGCGAUAAAUACGAUCUCGUCAGAAUGGUCCGCCCUUUCCUCGAUCUUCACUGUUGGGCUCAACCCUUCCUGCAUAUGACAGAUCCUAAAACAUGUCAACCUGCUUGGCUCUUUAUUGCUUGGACCUUCGGUUAUUCUGAAAGCUUCGAUGCCCUCGCAAAACGCCUUGUCCGCGCAGUAGCCACAUCGGAUAUGGAUGGUCGUACCAUUGUAGGAGUCACUGGCGGCCCUGAACUCCAAGCGGGCACGCUGCCUCCGGACAUACUAGAAAGCAUCCUCCGGGUCCGAGAAGAUGCGCUAUCCGCCAUGUUACAAGGUUGCUACGCGUGCGUUGACAAAGUUCUGCAAGGUGGAGUAUGUAAGGUGAAGGAGAUGAAGGGGCACGACCUCGUAGCCCCUUCUGAAUUCCAGUGCUCGUCAAUGAUACUAGGGUCCUUCUUAUCUCAACUAAUCACGAUGGGGCUAUAUCCGACUCGCAAAACCGGUGCGGAAAUUUCAUCAAGCGUAAAUUCUAUACAGAUCUCGCUCCGGGAUACCAAGAUCCUCACGAUCGAUUCUCACAACUACGCACAAAUCGUCAACCACGGGCAAGGGCUCAGCAGGUCUUAUGGCAACCGCGAAGGCAUAAGAGAGGAGUAUUUGAAGCACGGGAUUACUUCACACUCAACGUGUGGAGAGAUUAUUGACAUUGCCGCUAUGGUGCAUCAGGUAGUGUCUCAGAUGCCUUCUCCAACCUUGGAGAGUCAUCGCAGACAUAUGGAAGAGCAAGCAAAAAAAUGAUCGGCUUCCGCCAGGCUCAGGGUAUGAGUCACUGAAGUAAUCUGAUCACAGUCGAAAGGGUGCUGCUUUUAUGCUCUACGGCUACAGCGUGCCUUGUUCUCAACCAGAUGUCCGCCCUCUUGAGUGCAACAUCCCCGAUAAAAUUGGGAAAAUCCCCUAAAGGCCUUCAGGCUCUACUUAACCACCUCCAAAUUCUCCGUUCACGAUAGCCGACCGACCCCAGGCAACGAGAUUGAGCAUACCAUUGCUCACCGCUUGAAAUGGCUCAACUGUCGAAAUAUCAAGCGUCAGUCACCUUCACUUGCGUGGUCUGUAGAGACUACUGUUGCAGCUCGCCUUCUACCUCUACUUAUAGGCCGCAUCUCCCCACUCCUCGGGCUCCCCACCCGUCUCUCCUCCGCUCCACUUCAACCUCUUUAUUCUGUU